AUGCCCUCAUAUCCUCCUAUGACGCCUGAAAAUGGCUCCAACUUUACGAGAAUCAUUCACACCGACACAUACCCAUUCAUCGAUAGUCUAACAAAUCCCAGUCAUGAUGGCCGUGCUGUCUUUAUUACAGGAGGCAAUCGAGGAAUUGGAAGGGCCAUUGCCAUUUCAUUCGCGAGAGCAGGGGCCUCUUUUAUCGGACUGGGGUGCCCGGACGGCUUUGGAAAUGUGAAGUUUGACAUUGAGAAUGCAGCAAACGAAGCAGGGAAGUCUUUUCCAAAGGUGUUAUGCCUGAAUCUGGACGUGACGAGCGGUAAGUCAGUGGAAGAAGCUGCGCUAGAAGUACAGAAACACUCGUCUAGGCUGGAUGUGCUGGUAAACAACGCCGGAUUCAUGACACCUGCGCUUCCGGUCAUCGAAGCGGACGAGGACAAUUGGUGGAAGACUUUCGAAGUCAAUCUAAAGGGCAUAUUUCUCAUGAGCAAGUCCUUCACGCCUCUUUUGACUGCGACAGUGGAUGGGUUGAAAACAAUGGUAAACAUCAAUUCCGUCGCAGCUCACAAUAUUCGUCCCGAGGCAAGUGCAUACGGGACGUCCAAAUGGGCAGUGUUGAAAUUUACGGAGUUUUUGCUUGUAGAGCAAGCCAAGAAAGGCCUUUUGGCGUUCUCUGUGCAUCCUGGGGGAAUCAUGACCCAGCUGGCUGAAGCAAUGCCUAAAGAAACACAUGCCGGAUUCACGGAUAAACCGGAAUUGACUGGGGACACGAUUGUUUUUCUCACCCAGGAGAGGCGCGAGUGGCUUGCUGGCAGGUAUCUUAGUUGCACAUGGGACAUGCAAGAGCUUCUUGAGAGAGAAGACGAGAUCACAAAAGGCGACAAGUUCAAAGUCCGUCUUGUUCUGUGA